CCAUGGCAACGAGUGAAACAGUAGCGGCGUGAAAACAAAACCUCAAACAGGAAGAGCCCUGACACCGUUAGUUCAGCUAAACCUCUCUGGGAUUUUAUCUGUGAGUUUGGAUAGCGUAAUGGACUUCACUGCUGAGGGUUACCUGUCGGAGGAGAAGGUGACCGGUGACCACUGCUCGCCUCCAGGGCAAACACACACUCACACCUGGACAGACGAGGAGACAGAAGAGGAGAAGACCAGAGACGUCCCUGUGUCCCUAACAGAGGGAAAACUGUCUCCACAGUCAGAUGUGUUUUCAGACUGGGAGGAUGUGUGUGUGGAGGUGGGGGAGGAGGUGCCGAUGGAGAGCAGCGGAAAGGAGCCACGGAUGCUCAAGCUGAGGAGGAACUUACACCAGCUGGACCGCCUCUACGCACAGAAGGAGCUGAAUGUGCUGAAGGCCAGUGAGGAGCUGAGCGUAUGCUGCCUGCACAUCUCUGAGCUCCAGGGAGAGAGGGAGGCCCUAGAGGAGCUGAUUGACAGGGAGAAGCAGGAGGAGAACAGUGUUGGGGUGUUCCGUCUGCGAGCCCAGCACAAGCAUGUGUGUGAGGAGCUUCAUAGAGAGGAGGAGCUGCAGGCUCUCAUGUCCAUGGCCUUAAGGGAACACGAGCUGGAGCUGUGUAAAGUGGAGGUGCAGAUGGCUCAUGUGUGUGAGCUGUGUGAGGAGCUAAAGCAGGAGGAGCAGGAGAAGCAACACAGAAAGCAGGACAGACACCUCCUCCAGGAGAAGACCUCCUCCAGAGCACACCGCAGGACAAUACAGCAGGGCAAAGAGUGAGACACACACACACACACACACACACACACACACACACACACACACACACACACACACACACACACACACAACACCUCCUCCAGGAGAAGACCUCCUCCAGAGCACACCGCAGGACAAUACAGCAGGGCAAAGAUAAGCAGAAGGCUGUUGAAGAAGAGGAACAGGCUGCAAAACUACACACUCUUGAGCAGACCAAGAACAGCCAGCGCAAGGCCUCGCAGUACAUACGACAGACCAUCAACAGAGUUCAGCGUCUGGAGGCUGAGAAGGAGGAGAGGAGCAGGGAGGAGGUGACGAGGAGGACCGAAGCUGUGCUCGCACUGAAAAACAGCAUUGCAGUCUCAAAGGUAAUAAACACACACACACACACACACACACACACACACAGAGGAGGUGACGAGGAGGACCGAAGCUGUGCUCGCACUGAAAAACAGCAUUGCAGUCUCAAAGGUAAUAAACACACACACACACACACAC